UGGAUGUGAGGGCGGAGACGGGAUUUUGUGAGUGCAUGGCAACCAGCUGAACACAAUAGACGAGCGGCCGUUCAGCAGCAGAUGUGAGAGGAGACGGUGUUUGAUUGGACGGAGGGUUUUGGCGUCUGGUGAAUAAAAAGCUGCUGAUUAAUCCAGAUUUCACCUGAUCACUCCAUGGGGCUAUUCAGGGAAGCGUGUGCCUGUGCUGAUCUUCUCCUCCUCGUUGUCCUCCUUCUCCCCUUUUCCUUUUUCAGACUCCAGAAAAUGAUGACUCAUUACUUAGCCAGAAAUGGCUGUCUAUGGAUUUGUAUUAGCCAAAGCAAGUGGUAAAUCUUUUGCUAAUAGCAUAUGGAGCGGCCUGAGGUUCAUCUGGUAAUCAGAAACCUUGGUGGAUGCGUGUCGAUUCUGACAAAUCCUCGUGGUUUUUCAAACCUAGCCAAGAAGCUGGAGUUUCUCUGUUUGGGAUCCAAGUAAAAAAAGCUCUGUUCUUGAUUCGAGUUAGUUCUGCAUUCAGCUCGCUGAUCAACAUGGUGCCCAAGAAUGUAGAUUCUGGGGUCGUGCAAAUGCCGCACGUAGACCUAGAGCCUGUCAAGUCUUCAGAAAGCAGAAUAAAUGGCGUGAAGAAAAUGGAAGUUUCUGAAAAAUCAUCCAGCGAGAGCACGGUGGAUCACGUCUCCAAACGCCUGUGGGUUAUGCACGGAGCGGUCAUGUUCGGCCGGGAGUUCUGCUAUGCCAUGGAAACAGCUCUGGUCACACCUGUGCUACUGCAGAUAGGUCUUCCCGAGCAGUACUACAGUCUGACAUGGUUCCUCAGCCCCAUUUUGGGUUUCAUCUUCACACCUGUGAUCGGCUCAGCGAGCGACCGCUGUACUCUCAGGUGGGGUCGGAGAAGACCCUUCAUUCUGGCUCUUUGUGUAGGAUUACUGCUUGGUUUAGCUUUUCUCAACGGCUCUCUGAUGGGCCUGAGGGCAGGAGAUGUUCCUGGUAACCAGCCCAUUGGGAUCAUUUUGACAGUUCUAGGUGUAGUGGUGCUGGACUUUUGUGCUGAUGCUUUAGACGGACCAAUCAGAGCCUACCUGCUGGACAUCGCUGAAGGAGAAGAGCAAGACAUGGCCCUGAAUAUUCAUGCCUUCUCUGCAGGUCUGGGUGGAGCUUUGGGUUACAUGCUUGGAGGUUUGGACUGGACAGACACUUUCUUGGGACAUGCAUUCAAAGCCCAAGAGCAAGUGCUGUUCUUCUUUGCUGCCAUCAUUUUUAUCAUUUCUGUGACUCUUCACCUUUUUAGCAUUCAGGAAAGACCGUCUAAUACUCGUCUGCAGGACUUAUCUGAGACUGAGGAAGUGGAAAGCUCCUCAUCCGUUCACCUUAACGAGACUCUUCCCAGGACUCACCAAGUGCCGGAACUGGACCUCAUUAUCGAAGAGGAUCCUUUUGAAGAUUAUGAGGACAAUCAGUCUGAGACCGAGGUCCAAAAGGACUUCUUGAAUGUAAUGAGAAGUAAAAGUGACUCCGUUCUUGCUGUACCCGACACUACCAUUGCACUCGAUCCAGAUUUGGACCUCGAUCAGCACUUUCUCCACAACGCGGAGCCAAAUUUAUUCCAGGAUUUCAGCGCUGAGAUGUCGUUUGAAUAUUGCCCAAACAGCAGCUGUCCGGCAAAUCACUGCAAAUCACAGACAGAUUCUACAAUGAGCAACGGCCACCCCAAUGGUUUCAAGGCUGUCAAUGGCGACCUUGCUGAAGAUGCCAAACCAAAAUGCGAUAUGAACCAUCAAAACAAAGCCGGUGUUCGUCAUUCUAACGGAACAGUCCGCUGUCGGCAUCCUUCAUUCUACCGACAACCUUCGUUUACCUUCUCUUACUAUGGCCGAGUGCGCUUCCAUCGGCCUCGUCGCCGCAUCAAUUUAGCUCGCCCAAUCAAGUCAUCGCAAAGCCUGAACGACAUCGACAGGAUAACAAGACUGCAGGAGCGUUGCAGGCUGCAGAACAGAGGUAGCACCUCAUCCGGAACGGAUGCGGAAGAUGACAACGAGAGCGAAGAAGGAGAAGGAAGUGGCACUACUGUGAAACUGCUUUGGCUGUCCAUGUUGAAAAUGCCUCCACAGCUCUGGCGCCUGUGUGUGUGCCAUCUCCUUACUUGGUUCUCCAUUAUCGCACAGGUUGUUUUCUAUACUGACUUCAUGGGACAGGUCAUCUAUGAAGGAGACCCAAUGGCUGCUGCAAACACUACCGAGCUUCAAAACUACCAUAAGGGAGUACAGAUGGGCUGUUGGGGGCUAGUUAUCUAUGCCGCCACUGCUGCCAUCUGCUCAGCUGUGCUUCAGAAGUACCUUGACAACUACGACUUGAGCAUCCGAAUCAUCUAUAUGAUGGGAACUCUAGGCUACGCUGUGGGCACGGCUGUAAUGGCCAUCUUCCCCAAUGUUUACAUCGCCAUGAUAAUGAUAAGCAGCAUGGGAUUUAUUUCUAUGAGUAUAUCCUACUGUCCUUAUGCUCUGCUCGGGCAGUACCAUGAGAUCAAAGAGUACAUCCGGCACAGUCCAGGAAACUCUCGCCGAGGCUUCGGUAUCGAUUGUGCCAUUCUGACGUGCCAGGUUUACAUUUCUCAGAUUUUGGUGGCGUCAGCUCUCGGUGCAGUCGUGGAAGCCGUAGGCUCGGUGAGGUCUCCCGAUGCUGGCCUCAGGGGCUCCUUCGUUGGAUUUCUAGCUGCUGCGUUCCUCGUCAUUUACCCUGACACAGCUGAGGAGGACGAUGACGAAAACGUACAAGCCCCAAGUACAACCUGAGCUUGUAGAUGAUUAAAAUACCAGAUUGCCUGAGCAAUAGAAUGUUGUAAUGGUCACAUUUUCACUGUGAUUCGUCAGGGGAAAUUAAGUGUACUUCAAAAUCAAACUUCAAAUUCCACUGGUUUAAAAAUUGCACCGCUCCAACAUGGUCAUUACGUGCCUGAGGAGCGUAACUUUAACAAUCCUGGUGUGAUCUAAUUGUCAUUAUAGAAUAUACAAAAGCAGAAUGCAUGUUUUUGUAAGGUACAGAAAACCAGCUGUGUUGCUUCUGGCAUUGUGCUAAAAGAAAAGUAUUUACUUUUUAUCUGAAUGGUACUAAAUAUUUCAGUUUUUCUCUUGGAUAACAGUUUCACACUGAAUUGAGCAGUUUUGCAUCAUUUCAGUCACAGCGUUUUCUACUGCCUUGAUGAUGAUGGCCAUGCUUCUUGCAAGGAGUUCCCUUAUUUCACACAGUCAUCAAUUAGUUGCUUUUGGAACAACAAAUCGAGCAAGAGGGAAUUUACUGAUUUAGUACGUUUACAGUUUGUACCUUGUUUUUUUUCCAUCCAAUAUGCUGGAUUACCAUUAGUACUUGAAUCAGAAGCGCUCAGGGGAAUAUCUCUCUCUCUCUCUCUCCCCUUCUUUCUUUCUCUCUCUCUUACAUGCACACAUUAUACAAUUAUCCAAGAUGGUGGUGAGUUUAUGUCACAGCACAUUCCCCAUUCCCACAAUUAGAUUGUGCUGUGGCAAUGAUCACAUUUCUUUAUUAUAUUAACAGACUUGUUUAUAAAAAGUUAAGAGAAAAGCAUCAGUUAAAACAGGGUUUUUCCUAUUCAAUCCUCUCUCUCUCUCUCUCUCUCUCUCUCUCUCUCUCUCUCUCUCUCUCU